AUGACGACUACUACGUUCUUGCGACGACGACGUCUCCCGAGCGCCGCGCUCGGGAGACGUCUUCUUUCAUCCGCAAUUGGAGAUGAUAAUUCUUCUUUCGCUUCCCCGUUUCUCCUCCUCCUCGCGAGGAAGAGGACGACGACGACGAUUACGACGACUCCUGUUUUUGCAUCGUUCGCGCGAUCGAGCGCGAGGACGAAGGCGAUGAUGACCCGAGGGUAUUCUCGAGCAGUCGAAGCAGUCUGCUUUUCGCGGGGAGAGAUGGUGCAAAAGCGCAACUUCGCUCUGCAAAGAGGGACGACGAGCGCGACGACGACGACGCGCUUGGCGGCGUUGAGCACUUCCACGCCUCCUGCCACGACCUCCACUGCCGAAGAAGUUGGCAAAAUGGAAGCGUCGUCAUCGGCGGCCGCGACGAAAACCAAACUGUAUUCGAUCGAAGGUAUGCGGUGCGGCGGAUGUUCGGCGAACGUUGCGAAGACGUUGAACUCGCAAGAUUUCGUCAAGAGCUGCGCGGUGAAUCUAGUCACGAAUACAGCAGCGAUUACGUAUGCAGAAGAUGGAACAGAAGAAAAAGAAGUAGCAGCAGAAAGAGAAAAGUUAGCGAUUGAUUUGAUUGCAAAGAAAGGGUUUACGAUGCGCGUUCGCGAGAAAGGCAAGGCCGGAGUGCAGAUGGCGCUCGAGAGUCAACAAAAGCGACUCGAGGAAAAGGAACGGACGACGAAAGACUUAUACUUGGCGUGGGGGUUAACGAUUGCGUGUUUAGGAACGCACGUUUCGCACCAUCUCCACCAGUUGGGAUUGCACGAAUACGCGCACGGAGAUGCGGUGACGAGUUUGGCGAACCCGUGGAUUGGAGCGGCGAUUGCGAGCGCUGCUUUGCUCGGUCCGGGGAGGCAGAUAUUGUCGGACGGAUUUGUCGCGUUUAAGAAUGGAAGUCCGACGAUGAAUUCAUUAGUCGGUGUGGGCGCUUUAGCCGCGUUUACGUUGAGCGGAGCAAACGCUUUGCAUCCGGUGCUGAACGAAUACGGCAUGCGAACGAAUGAUUUUUUUGAAGAGCCGGUUUUGUUGUUGGCGUUUAUUUUAUUAGGAAGGGCGCUCGAAUCAAGCGCGAGAGCGAGAGCCGGGAGCGAUUUAGCGAGCUUAUCGAACUUGCUCCCGGCCGAGGCGAGAAUGGAAAUCACGCAAAACGAUUCCAAGAAGUUGGAUUUAAACGCAGUAUUAAGUGAUGAAAAAGAUGAGGGCAAAGUAAACGAUAUCGAAACCGAUGAUGUUAUGUAUGCUUUCGUCGAUCGAGAAUCAAUCACACCCGGCGAUGUCGUCCGAGUGUUCCCAGGCGAAACUAUUCCAUGCGACGGCGUGGUCGUUUCUGGUGCCGCAUCGGUCGACGAAGCUUCUUUGACGGGAGAACCGAUUUUCGUCCCCAAAUUUAGGAAAUCGAAAGUGAGCGCUGGAUGCGUCGUUCACGAAGGCCCACUUUCGAUCAUGUCCUUGAAAAACGGCGAUGAAUCUAUCGUUGCUGGAAUUCAAAAGACUGUCGAAGAUGCGCAAAGCAGGCCAGCGCCAACGCAACGCAUCGCCGACGCCAUCGCCGGACCGUUUGUGUAUUCCGUCAUGGGGAUUUCGUUGGCGACUUUUUUCUUUUGGGCUGGAUUUGGCGAGACGUUUUUCCCCGGAGCGUUGAUGGAGGCGGUCGGUUCGAACGCCGCGGGUAUUCCCUGGUGGCUCGCGCCGACAAAAUUGGCAACGAACGUUUUAGUCGUCGCGUGCCCGUGCGCUUUAGGCUUAGCAACACCGACGGCGGUGUUAGUGGCAACGAGUUUAGCAGCCAGGAGAGGUAUUUUAUUGCGAGGGGGCGACGUCUUGGAGCAAAUGGCAAAAGUGGAUUGCGUCGUGUUCGAUAAGACUGGGACGCUGACCGUUGGGAAACCAAAAGUAACUGAAAUGAAAGUAUUUACUAAUGAAGAGGAUGGAAGUAACGAGGAAGAGAGAAGAUUAAACGCUUUGCGCAUCGCAAUGGCGGUUGAGUCCGAAAGUUCUCAUCCGCUCGCGAAGGCCAUCGCUGCGUUUUGCGGCGAUGAAAUCGGCAAACUCGACGCAUCUUCCUCUUCUUCGUUUAAGAAGCGUUCGGAGGAGAAAACAUCCCCUGGCUUUGGCGUUUCUGCUCUGCUUGACGACGAGAGAUGUUUCGUAGGCACGCCGAGCUGGGUUCGAUCCGAAUUAAACCUUGUGUCAAAAGAAACAGAAGAAGAAACGGAAAGUAGCAGUGGCGCUUCGUUUGCCGCCGUGGGUACUACAUCAAAAGGUAUACUCGCGCUCUUCCAAUUGAAAGACGAAAUGCGACCGGAUGCCAUCGAAACGAUUCAAAGAUUCAAAAAUGAGUUGAACUGCGAAGUGCACGUUUUAUCGGGCGAUCGCCAAGCAGCCGUCGAUGCGGCGGUUCGAGAACUGAGCGCUACUCCCCUCUUCGCGUCCGCUCGCGGCAAUCUCUCGCCGAGCGAUAAAGCAGCCAUCAUCGAGAAAUUAAAAAGCUCCGGGAAAACGGUGGCCAUGAUUGGCGACGGCAUCAACGACGCCCCAGGAUUAGUCACCGCGGACGUCGGUAUUGCUGCCUCCGGCGGUCUCGAAGCCGCCGCGGCUGCCUCCGGCGUCGUUUUAGUUUCAGAGAAGAACGAAAUCGCCGCCUCGGCGGACGCCGUGGAACUCGGUCGCGCCGCUUUAGCAAAAAUACGGCAAAAUUUAGGAUGGGCGUUAGCGUAUAACGCCGUCGGUAUUCCUCUCGCCGCCGGCGCUUUUCUUCCGGAAUACGGCAUCAGUCUCAACCCGAGUUUUUCAGGCGCGAUGAUGGCGUUCUCCUCGGUCGCCGUGGUUACCAAUUCCGUCCUUCUCAAAGGUCCCACGGGAAGACUCGGCGACGUCCACUUGGGGUGGGGACUUCAAAAAAAAGAAGAAGAGCCUCCUAAACGUUCGUCGUUGUAG